UAUUAUAAAAUAUUAAAAUAAAUCUUCAGUUUUUAUUAUUUUAGACUUAGCGAUUUUUAAAUUCUACAGUUGGCUUGUAAGUUGUAAUUUACUUGUUUAUGGUUUCCGUUUUCGCUGUUCGUUGGGGAAACUGCAAAUACAGAGCACUGGUCCAGUGGCUUGAAAAUUGACGAAGCGAAAUUGACGAAGCGACAACAACUGGCGCCGCGAAUCCCGGAGGUUUUCCCCUUUUGGAAAUCCCGAAGUGAAUUUACGAUUUCAUGAUCAUGGCAUCCGUGCCUUGUGAUCAGACUACCGCACUGUUAACGGAGGACCGACAGUGGCUGGAAAGUGCGCAUGUUUUGGCAGAAAAGGCGUUAAAAAUUGGGGAAGUUCCCGUGGGAUGCGUCGUGGUGCACGAUGGGAGGAUUAUCGCUGAAGGAAGCAAUGAAACCAACAUCUCCUGCAAUCCAACACGUCACGCCGAAAUGGUUGCUUUUGAAAAGCUUUUCGCUUCGGAAGGAGGAUAUGAUGCAGUGAAGACAGUUUUAGAGAAUUCCGCGCUGUAUGUCACAUGCGAACCGUGCAUAAUGUGCGCUGGAGCUAUCCGAAAUCUCGGUAUUCCGAAAGUUGUGUACGGAUGUCGGAAUGACAGAUUCGGUGGAUGCGGGUCUGUUUUGUCGCUUCACCAAGACGAGAAGCUCCAAAGCGGAAAACCAUUCCGUGUUGUGUCUUGUCCUGUUGCUUCCGAAAGGGCUAUUCUGAUACUAAAAGAUUUUUAUAAGCAAGAAAACCCCAACGCCCCACCCGAGAAGAAACGAAAGAAAAAAGACUAAUUGACAGUGAAGGCUAUUUCCUAUUCCGGUUAAUCUGUGAAAUUCCUGUUAAUUAAAAACUUUUUGGGAAUGUUACUGUAUUUUUAUGCUCAGUACAUGGACUUGAGUUUUAUUGCAAUGCUUCAACUGAAACCAUAUAACCGGUGUUUUGUGAUGAAUUUAGGAAUAUACUAGUAACAUGCUCAUCAGAAAUGUAGUACAAAACAUUUCCGUCUUCCUUUGCCUGUGAUAGUCUAA